AUGCCCUUGAACAUCUCCCUCUCCUCCGUCUUCUACCUAAUCCCCCUCUAUAUCUUAGUGAUCUCCCCCAUUCUGCGCCAACUGUUUCCGAACGAUCCGCAACACGGCUCAUAUCAAUUCUACGAUGAUGAAGAGGCCCUCGAUGAAGAUACCUCGCUGGACCUCAAUUCAGAAGUCCUGAGCCUUGAUGAUGGGGUUAACGUAGUAUGUCCCGACGAAACCGACGCAUACCGCGUGCAUAUCCUCUCGCAGGCACCGUUGGUCAUAUACAUCGAGAACUUCCUCUCAGCUGAAGAGGCGGAUUACUUGGUUGAUGUUAGUAUACCAAACUACACCCCCUCGACCUUGUACUCCUCGUCCCUAACCUCCGCGAACGAUACGUCCACACCAAAAACUGACGUAACAAAACGUCUCUCUGAUCGGGCUCUUCUCCCACGAACCCAGACAGUCCGAUGCAUUGAGGCUCGCGCGCGCUCCUUCCAAGGCUGGAAACCGAACUUGUACAUCGAGCGAAUGUGGGCUCAGCGGUAUAACGUGUCGGGCCACUACACGCAUCACUAUGACUGGGCGGGGACGGCGAGAGGUCGUGGGGGCGAUAGGAUCAGUACAUUUAUGGUGUAUCUGAAGGCGGAGUGCAAAGGAGGAGGGACGAAUUUCCCCCUGUUAAGAAAGCCGAAAGAUAGUAAAUGGUGUGAGUUCAUUGAAUGUGGUGAGGCUGACGAAGGAAGAAAGGGAGUGACAUUUAAGCCGAUCAAAGGGAACGCGGUGUUCUGGGAGAAUCUCAGAGCUGAUGGAAGUGGGUGGCCGGAGACGUGGCAUGCGGCGUUCCCGGUUGAGGAGGGAGAGAAGGUUGGGUUGAAUAUCUGGAGCUGGUAUCAGCCGCCGAAAGGGAGAUGGCGGUGA